CAACUAUCACAUAUGUGCGAGGGGAACCUUUACCCUUACCUUUAUGUGGAGUGGGGGCAGGGAAAAGGCGUCUUCAAAAAGUUGCUCAUACUGCCAAGCCUUAAUAAAAAGCGCACAAGAAACAGGGAAUUUUACACACCUCCCUUCUUUCUCAUCCCUGCAACUAGAACAUCGGAAAGGUUUGCUUUCCAGAGAAAUUGAGACUUUUUUUACCGAAGAUCGUCGACGAGAAUAAAUGACCGGGGAGUGGCGUCCAGCAGGAUCUGUAUUUUAGUUCUUCUCCGGGUUGUGCGGUUUCUUUGGCUAUUUUUAAAGAAAGCUAUCCCAGUCCACUUAAAAUGCGUCCACCUGUGCCCGUUCAUCAGAGCCUUUUUAAAAGAAAAACCUUCGCUUCCCCCUUUUCUCCCGCCUCCCUCCUCAGGCGUCACAGCAUCGCAGACUACAUUUCCCAGAGAGCCCGGCGGCUGCCAUGCAAAGCGAGAGCCGCGUGAGGUCGUCCUUCAAGACCUGCCGCCAGGUCCUCGGGCGGAGCCGACUUGAAUCCUCGCCAAGCGUCCGAUUGGUCGCCGCGUUCCCUUUGCCGUGGGAAGCCGUGCUCUGGUGUUGGUGCCCGCAGGGGAACUCGUGCAUGGAGAGCAAGGUCCGUAAACCUGGUAGGGAUGGUUGGCUAUGAUCCGGAUUCCGAGUGUAGCUCCCUGUCGACUCUGAAGGUAGCAGCGGCAGGAUCCGCUUCCGGAUUGGUCACUCGGGCAAUGAUCGGCCCUUUUGAUGUGCUGAAGAUUCGAUUUCAGCUUCAGAUAGAGCAGCUUUCCUCCAAAAAUCCACAUGCGAAGUAUCAUGGUAUCUGGCAGGCUGCUGGUAAAAUUUUUCAGGAGGAAGGGGUCACUGCAUUUUGGAAAGGUCAUGUCCCCGCUCAACUUCUUUCCAUCACAUAUGGGGCUGUGCAGUUUGUCAGCUUUGAAUUUCUGACAAAGCUGGUGCACCAUGGCACAACUUACGAUGCCCGUGAUUUCACUGUACACUUUAUCUGUGGUGGACUGUCUGCUUGUGCUGCUACUAUGACAGUUCAGCCCCUUGACACGUUGCGCACACGCUUGGCUGCCCAAGGAGAACCGAAGAUUUACAGGAACCUUCGCCACGCUGUGGUCAGCAUGUACCAGAAGGAAGGGCUGCUGACUUUCUAUAGGGGACUGACCCCAACCAUUAUUGCCAUUGUUCCUUAUGCCGGCUUCCAGUUUUCCUUCUACAGUCUCCUGAAGAGGGUGUACAACUGGAUUGCUCCAAGAGAAGAGAUGAAGAAAGGUAAUAUUAAAAACUUAGUGUGCGGCAGCUGUGCUGGUGUCCUCAGCAAAACCCUGACCUAUCCCUUUGACUUGUUCAAGAAGCGGCUGCAAGUGGGUGGCUUUGAACAAGCCAGGGCGGCCUUUGGGCAGGUUCGAACAUACACUAGCAUCAUGGACUGUGCCCGACAGAUAAUCAUCGAUGAGGGACCCAGGGGAUUCUUCAAGGGCCUCUCCCCAAGCUUGCUGAAGGCUGCUUUCUCCACAGGCUUCACCUUUUUCUGGUAUGAGCUCUUUUGCAAUCUUCUGCUAACAAUGCAAAACUCCGGUGGUUCCAAGAAGCAAGAAGGCUAAUGUAAGCAAGGGUUGCUGCCUGCCUCCAGUGGAUGUUCUUGGAGUGUAAUUCUGGCAGCUGCAGUCAUCAUUGUCGGAGACUGAAGAGUGAGGCAUGGCAUAUGGGAUUGGAGAGUCGAGACAAGUGACUCUUUGGCCAAGCCCACAAUGCACAUCGCUUGUUGGUUUGGUUCAAAACAGAAACGGUGGCUCACCCCAACACUUGCUCAGGUUGUCUCGUUAGUCUGCAGCUGCUGCAUUUGUGAGUCUUGAUGAGGUUCAUCAUCAAGGCCUCUGAAGAUCUUUGUUGCAAAGGUGUAAGGUGUGUCUACUUUUUCUAUUGUUUCACAACAGAGAGUUUGAAUCAGACCCCAGUUCACAUAUCAAAAAAACCCUUUUGUGACCCUGGAAACUUGGUACCCUUAAACCGAACCAUAUAUUGAUACUGGAUGGUCAGACUCCUCCAGCAUGGGCAAUUUGCAAAGUCUGUGAUAAGCUGGAGGUCCUGGCAUUCAGUAGUGCCAAUGGGACAUUUGCUUAAUAGACAAAUACCUGCCUUGGCCAUUCAGCCCGGCAGUAAAAAUGCAAUAGCUGUUUUGUCAGGUGAUUCCCCCAAUCCCUUGUCUCUUGGCCGAGGUUCUUGCAGGCCUUGUGAUUUUGCAGUGUUUCAUUAAUGAGUCUCUGGAAAUUAUCUGUUGCCAAAAACCUAAAGAAAGUAGAGGAAGCUCUGCAUGUAUAGCUUUCCCUUCUCUGUUAGCAGGGCAAUUAGUGUUCAUGAUUCCUCUUGCCCUGCUCAUGCAUAAAUAUAUUUUGCCACUACUCCAAAUUAAAAAUAGAGGGCAAGCAUAUAAGGGACCUUUAAAUUAAGACACUUAUAGUUUUGCACUAUCGACUUCUCCCUUCUUCCUAAAACACACAUGCUGGAUCUAAAUUCUUAAGAAGUUUUCAUUUUAAAUUCUUCCAUUUUGAAUCAAAGUGAUGAAAAAAAUAGUGUUGACUAUACAGGUCAGUUUCAUUUUGUGAUAGGAUACAUCUUUUAAAUUAUUGUAAUGAUUUUCUUAAACAAUGUUAUCCCCUGAUGUUAUCCCCCCCCCCUGCCAAAAAAGCCCUUUAAUAACAAAGGAUAAUUUUUUUCAGCAAACUCUUUAACAUUUAGUGAAAAAGGAGUUGAAGAAGACCAUUUACCUGGCUGAAUUUGGCCAAUUUUAUAUAUGAUGAAAGCUAUAAAGGAAAUUAAUCGAUUGAUGCGAUCUUGUCGAAGUUUACUCAGAAAUAAAUUCCACUAUGCACAUUUAGAAUUGCAGCCUUUACUUUCCAAGUAUUGAUAGAUUUCUCAUUUCCUGGUACAUACUCUGUAUUUUCAUUAAAAAGUUCACAGCAAUUGAGUAAGUAAAUUUGCUUUAAGGCGUUGUUCUCCCAAGUUGAAUAUUCUUGGACAAAUUCAGUUUUGCUUGAUAUAAAAUAUAUGAGUUGUCAUAGUCCCAGUUUCACACACAGGAAGAUUCUUUCCCCAUUUUUUAUGCACUUAUCUGUAAAAUGUAAAUGUUAAAAGCAUAAAAAUAAUGUAUAUUUAUUUAUUUAGAUAUUUUUUGUACUCUAUAACCUUUGCAUGGUAUCUCGGGAAAAAGCAACCUGACAGGAUAAGAAGAGUUGGGAAAUCACCAAUUUUCUUACAACAAUGAAAUUGAUUUCCACUCCAUGACCUCCUUUCAGCAUAAGACAAUCCACAUUCAGAUAUAGUACUAAGUUGAAGGUACUGUAGUAAUACACAAGAACACUCCAGUUUGAUAUAUACCUGAUAGAUAUAUAAGCAAAGCUUCUGAAAAGAGAGAGGUUUAAAAAAAUAGAUUUGUUUCCAGCAGUAUCUGCAAAUUAUUUUUAUAAAACUUCCAGUACUGGCAGGAUGGAUUUUAAUUCUUUUGGUAUCAAACCAUGCUGAAUCAGUAGGAUCAGAACCGUUGAUGUUUGGAAGCACAGAGACAGCAAACAGGAAAGUUUCAAGUUAUUUUCUUUUGCUUACCUACUGGGUCAGGUUGUUCCCUGUACUCUUAUCUGUAUUUAUUUUCAUAAGAGCUGUGAAAGUCACAUUCCAGCUACAUUGCACACCAUUGGAACAGCCCUGAUUUGUGCAAACUUUGCUUUAUGUACCCUAAGAACAAAGGUUGCUUGUAUCUCUCUGAAAUGUUUGUUUUGGACAGGUGGGUUCUCUUCCCAAAGUGUUCAUAGGCCUUUCCUUCUUUUGUUGUCUAAGAUUGGAAUUGCUGAUUCAGAUUCUUUCUAAAGUGCACUUGGGAAGGAUUGGCUCCUUUAUCAAAAGGCAAACAACAGGUUCACCAGAAGCGCAGCAACAACUGUCCUUGACAUGUUUUUUAUUUAUUAUUUCAUUUAUCAAAUUUUGAAGCCAUUGGCUCCUUAAUGAAUCUGGAUAGAUUGCAGACAAAAGACAAUAAAUAUGAAUAAGAACACUACUGACUAGACCAGUGUUUCUCAACCUUGAUAACUUUAAAAUGGGUGAACUUCAACUCCCAUAAUCCCCCAGCCAGCUUUCUCCCAGAAUUUCCCUGCCCCAGCAUGGUGGUUGAAUAAUUAUGGGAAUUGAAGUCCACCCAUCUUAAAAUUGUCAAGCAGGCAAGCAUGAAGUCACAGCCUUCCAAAGAAAGAAGGAGCACUUCACAUUUGUAGUCUCCAAAUAUAAGCUGGGUCACUUAUCUUUCAGUUCUCCUCUAUCCUUUAGUGCCUCCUUCAAUCUGCUUCCUCAAAUAUGUUAAUUUGAAGAUAUUGUGCCUUAUGACGGUGCCAAAAUCAGUGUAUACUUUAAUACUUCAGUGU